AUGGCUAUAAGUCAAUCUAUCGGGCUCCUUCGUCACUCUCUGGCCUUUUACUCAUACCCAACGGUGGAGUCCCUAGAGUCUGACUCGAUCCCUGCUCCUCAUGGCGCUGAUAACCCUGACCCUCAAACUGAUCAUCCUGGCCUGCAUCCUCAGCCUCAUCUUCACCCUGAAGCUCACCUCCAGCUGGGUCAUCAGCCUGAUGCUGACCCGCAACACCCUCGAACAUACUCGAAAGAAAGUUACUCGUGUAAUGUAUCGACUGGCCAUCUAGCGAACUCUACUGGAACCCAGAAAAGGGACGAUAAAACGCCUGUUGGGUCUGGGAAGAAUGAUGGAGAGACUGAUGUGGAGACUGAUGGGAUGAAUGAUGUGGAGAAUGUGGAGACUGAUGGGAUGAAUGCUGAGAAGAAUGGUGUGGAGACAUAA